AUGGCGGGAUUUGGUGGCGGCCAUUGCUUCCCGUAUCCGCUCUCCGCUGUCAUUCCGCUGCUUGCUUUCGUUCAUGUGUUUCUUGCUUUCAUUGCCACUCUUCAGUUGUUGAGGAUUCACUUGAGAAGUUCAGAGCAUGGUUGGACUCGGCAAAAAGUGUUUCAUCUAUUGAUUGGCUCUUCUAACUUGGGUUACUUCAUUUAUUUGGCAUUGAUACUUCUUGCUUCUUGCAAGGGAUGGACAUAUUGGUCACAGUCUUUUGGUUUCAUUUUUAUGGCACUCCCCAAAGUACUUUUUUUUGCAGCAUUUCUUCUUCUUUUAUCCUUCUGGGUUGACCUAUGCCAUCAGCCAAACGAUGACGAUGACUAUGAAGGAAGUUUUUCUGAGGAACCUUUGCUGGGAAAGUCUCCAUAUGAGGCAAAUUUAACAAACAGGGAUAGACAUAGAAAGUGUUUUCCUAUUCGUUUUUCUCGUCUCGGACACCGUCAAAAGAUUGUGUUUUUGGUUAUGUUGCUAGUUCUCAUCACCAUAAUGGCAUUUGCUGUAAUAAUCUGGAUCGGGCUAGGAAAGAAUCGCAUUGACUCUGAAGUAGCAGCUCGGGUAUACCUGGAUGUGUCUGCUAUUGGAAUGCUUCUCUUAGGAGGAGCGCUGGCAUGUUAUGGAAUCCUAUUAUGCUUGAAGAUGAGAAAAGUGAGAGCUGAGAAACCUUCAUCUGAAAUGGGGAAGGUUGCAGGUUUAACUAUGGUCUCUGUACUAUGCUUCACAUCAAGUUCCUGUGUAGAACUUCUUACGGACAUUCCUAUGAUGUUUCACUGGCAUCAGCAGCGCAUGGAUGAUGUUUAUUCCUCUCUACUACUGAUUUUGUAUUUUUUUGUGGGUUCAUCAAUACCUUCAGCAGUGGUGAUGUGGGUAAUGAGAGAAUUACCACCUGCAGAAGAUACUGGAUCACUAGAAGAAUCAAGUAUAAUUGCUUUUGUUGCUAAUAGUUCAGUUGAUGUUCAUCAUCCUCAGCGCUGGACUACUGCAACAAGCACACAAAAUCAGACAUCAAGAGCUAGUCCUAUAUGA